AUGCUUCAACUAGCUAUUAUAGGCCUAAGCCUUAUUUCUAGUUGCUUUGGCCAUUAUGAACUUCCGGCCGAUCUUAAGUUAGGAGCGGUCACGGCGGCUUUUCCAAUUGAAGGUGGCUGGAACGAGGGUGGAAAAGGCGAAAGCUCUUGGGAUUUCAUCGUACACAAUUAUACCGAUUUCUUAGUUAGCGAUUUACCCCCGGAAGAGUUAAUCGCGCAAGCUAAAGUGGCGGCAGACUCUUAUCACAACUGGAGGGAAGACAUUCGAGUAGCUAAAGAAUUGGGUUUGGAUUAUUAUAAGUUUUCCAUUGCUACUACAAGGAUUAUUCCAAGGGGCCCCUACAAUCCGGUGAAUCAAGAGGGCAUCGAUUACUACAACAAUUUAAUUGACGGACUAUUGGCCGUAGGAAUAACUCCAGUAGUCACAAUGUAUUAUUAUGAUGGUUCCCAAGCUGCUAGCUUUUUCUAUGGAGGAUUUUCGAAUCCUCUUUGCGUUGAUGCGAUGGUUAGGUACGCUGAUGUACUAUUCGCUGCGUUUGGUGAUAGAGUAAAAAUCUGGGAUACUUUCCAGGAUGGCUAUAAGGAGUGCAAAGAGAUAUACGGCGAAUUUAUUGGCAACGAGUAUGAGUAUUUUCCACGCGGCGAGUACGAGUACCUUUGCGGGCGCUACCUGAUACUGUCCCAUGCCAGUAUUUAUAGGUUGUACCAGGACAAAUAUAAGGCUGAACAAAAUGGUUUGGUUUCGAUGACUUUUGGUUUGGACUGGUACGAACCGGCUGAUGAAGGGGCUCAAGAGGCUGCUCUGAGAGCUAUGGACUUUACUUUUGGUUGGUUCGCCAGUCCAAUAAUCAACGGAGAUUAUCCGCAAAGAAUGAUCGAUACCAUCGCGGAACUGAGUGAAAUACAAAAUUUCCCCCAAUCCCGACUGCCGCCUUUUACCGAAGAAGAAAAGGUACUGAUAAAGGGUGCCUUGGACCUUAUGGUACUCGUUCAUAGAAAUACUUACCUGGUAGUCGACCAUUUCGAUGAUUCGUUUCCACCCACCGCUCAGAAGGAUGUUCAAAUCACCCGCUUCAUCGACCAGGAAUGGAACGAUACGAAUAGCUUUUACACUACUACUCCUUGGGGAUUCCGCGAAGCCGUUAAAUACGUUUGGGAUAAUUAUGGACAGCCUGAAAUAGCAAUAUCCCACGCUACGUACGGAGCAUAUGAAGACUCUCUGAAUGAUGAUUUUAGAAUCCAUCGAUUGCAGCAAUUUUUACAAGAAGUUACGAGAUUGAUCCACGAGGACGGUGUUAAUAUUAAAUACUUUUCCAUGUGGUCAUUGAUCGAUUCGUUCUUUUUCCAAUACGCUUACACAGCGAAAUUUGGUUUGUAUCAUGUGGACUUCAAUAAUCCGGCAAGACCUAGGACCCCCAAACAGUCUGCCAGCUACUACAGAACAGUUAUAGAAACUAGAAUCCCCUGAAUUGUAAUUUCCUUUGUUUAUUGUAGUGGUGGUGGGAGAAUAAAUAAUAUACUUUUGGCUUACAUUUGAAUCAUAUACCAAUUAUUAUUUUUAUAUUACCCAGAGAUUUCCAGAGCCAUGUUGUCUUAAUGGAAUUUCAUCUCACAG